ACUUUGAGGGGACUGAUUGCGGUUUCCUCUCGGGUACCAGAUGUACGUGACUGCUGGCUCUGUUCUCUCCCCUGAUGGGGGAACGGCCAGCCGGACACCAAAUUCCCAAAGGAAAACUGUUUAUUUCUCACCUCUGUCCCAAGAAAGCCAGACCCCGUGGGGUGUUCUCCCCACAAAUCCGCUGCCUGCUGCAAUCUGCACUGACGAUCCUCAAGGAACCUGGGCCACCAGCCCGUCCCCCGGGUGCUCCCCGCCGCCAGGACCCCCGGGCACCCGAGCUGGGACGGGAGUAAAGCCCCUGACGGGACCGGAGCGUCUCCGCCCUCGCCACGCUCCGUGACUCAAUUUCCAGUCUUUUGGGAUACGGAGGGAUACGGGCAGCGCUGGGGUGGGGACGAGGCAGGUGCUCAUUCUUUCACGGAGCACCUCCCGCUCUCCCCAGCCGGCCUGAGCCCACAGGGGGCUGAGGGGCGGCGGGGACCGCCCACCCCGCUGUGUGCGGGAACGGCCCGCCCCGAGCACCCCGCUGAGCGGGGACGCGGUCCCCUCCUCCCCGAGACAAGUCUAAAUGUGCUCCCUUUCUACUGAUAUUUUUCCAUUGGGAUUCUCCACAGGACUGACCCCCCGGCCCUCUCCCCGCUCCCAGCCGGGUCACACGGGGUGACUCGGCCCCGCCGCAGGCGCCGCCCCGGGCCGGGGUCGCGGUGUGAGGGAGGGGAUGUAGCGCGUCCUCCCAUGCGCCAGGGGGCGCUGCAGCCGGCGGGCGCGCAGGGCUCCGCCGCCGCCGCCAUCUCCUCGCUGAGCUCAUAAAGGUGUCGCGCAGGUUCCGCCUGGGCUCGUCAUUCCGCCGCCCCGGGCCCGGUGCCGCCGCUGUCGCCGCUGCUUCUCCCGAGCCGCGGCCCCCGCCCGCUCCCUCCCUCGUGGGGCCGCCGGUCCGCGUCAGCGACCACCGCGCUCCCGCACGGGCCCGCAGGCAGGCGCCGGUUGUGCGCUCCCCGCCCCUUCCUCCCCUGUCUUCCCCUCACCCCGCCGCCCGCCCGGCCCCUCUCCCGCCGGCCGAGCCCCGGAGCGCCGCCGCCGCCGGGGUGUGAGCGGGGCCCGGCGCCGUGCCGGGCCGUCCCUCGCCGGCGGGGCCAUGGCCGCGAGCGCCAAGCGGAAGCAGGAGGAGAAGCACCUGAAGCUGCUGCGGGAGAUGAGCAGCCUCCCGCCCAACCGCAAGUGCUUCGACUGCGACCAGCGGGGCCCCACCUACACCGACAUGACCGUGGGCAGCUUCGUGUGCACCUCCUGCUCCGGCAUCCUGCGGGGCUUGAAUCCACCCCACAGAGUGAAGUCGAUUUCAAUGACUACCUUCACACAACAAGAAAUAGAAUUUCUGCAGAAACAUGGAAAUGAAGUGUGCAAACAGAUCUGGCUAGGCCUAUUUGAUGAUAGAUCAUCAGCAAUUCCAGACUUCAGGGAUCCACAGAAAGUAAAGGAAUUUCUACAGGAAAAAUAUGAAAAGAAAAGAUGGUAUGUCCCUCCAGAGCAAGCAAAGGUGGUGGCAUCAGUCCAUGCAUCCAUAUCUGGGUCUUCUGCCAGUAGUACAAGCAGCACACCUGAGGUGAAGCCACUCAAAUCUCUCCUGGGAGAAGCUGCACCCGCACUGCACUUAAACAAGGGCACGCCUAGCCAAUCUCCUGUUGUAGUUCGAUCUCAAGGACAGCAGCAACAAGAAAAGAAACAAUUUGACCUCCUUAGUGAUCUUGGCUCAGAUAUCUUUGCUGCUGCUCCUCCUCAGUCAACUGCUACAGCAAAUUUUGCUAAUUUUGCACACUUCAACAGUCAUACAGCGCAGAACUCUGCCAAUGCAGGUUUUGCAAACUUUGAUGCAUUUGGACAGUCUAGUGGCUCGAGUAAUUUUGGAGGUUUCCCCACAGCAAGUCAGUCUCCUUUUCAGCCCCAAAAUACAGCGUUCAGAACGCUUUCAUCUAGCUGCAGUUUUGGUGAAUUUACUUCAGCUUUUCCUCUCCAGGCUGUACACAGUGGAAGUGCUGGAUCAGUGAAUGCUAAUUUUGCUCACUUUGAUAACUUCCCCAAAUCCUCCAGUGCUGAUUUUGGAUCCUUCAAUGCUUCUCAGAGCAACGCCACAGCAACUGCAGGCAGUAAAGCUGCAGUGAAUAAACUGAAUCUUCAGUCAGCUGACAAAUACGCAGCUCUUGCUAAUUUAGAUAAUAUCUUCAGUGCAGGGCAAGGAGGGAGUGAGCAGGGAAGUGGCUUCAGCACAGCAGUGUCCUCAGCAGGUCCUGCGUUGUCAGCCCCCAACCAGUCAAGUGCAUCUUCAGAUAAGUACGCGGCACUGGCAGAGCUGGACAGCGUGUUCAGCUCCACGGCCACCUCCAGCAACGCAUACACUGCCACCAGUAACGUCAGCAGCAAUGCUUUUGGAACAGUACCUGUGGCUGCUACUGCACAGACACAGCCUGCAUCUUCAAGUGUGCCUGCUCCAUUUGGAGCAACACCUUCCACAAAUCCAUUUGUAGCUGCCCCUGUUGCCCCUGUGGCACCUUCAACAAAUCCAUUCCAGACCAAUAGCCGAGGAGCAACAGCAACAUUUGGUACUGCAUCCAUGAGCAUGCCAGCAGGAUUUGGAACUCCUGCCUCCUACAGUCUUCCUACUAGUUAUAGUGGCAACUUCCAGCAGCCCACGUUCCCAACCCAGGCAGCUUUCCCUCAACAGACUGCUUUUGCUCAGCAGCCAAAUGGAGCAGGUUUUGCUACAUUUGGGCAAGCAAAGCCUGUAGUAACUCCUUUUGGACAAGUUGCAGCUGUUGGCGUAUCUAGUAACCCUUUUAUGGCUGGUGCACCAACAGGACAAUUUCCAACAGGAAGCUCAUCAACCAAUCCUUUCUUAUAGCCUUAUAGACACUUUACCCAAAAGAACUCUUAUGUGGUCACAUAACAUCUCUGCGCCUCUUGCACUGUUGUCUUGUUUCACUGAUACUAGCUUUAAACACAAAAGAAGUCUUUAAGAAGUAAAAAUAAAAGCCUGCAUUGUGUACCUUUAAAAAACUUCAAAAAGAAAAAAAAAACCACCUGACACAAAAAACAACAAAACCAAACCCCCCACCAGGUAAUAACGUGCAAAACAGAGGGCUGUGGUAACAUCCUUGAACCUGUGAAGUGGCAGGUAAAAAGUAGCGGUAUCAUGUGUAUUAAAAUUGGCUAAUAAGUUAUUGCAGAUACCACACUCAUUAUGCUGCAGUACUGUACAUACUUUUCUUAGAAAAUAGCUAUUUGUGCAUAUCAGUAUUUGUAACUUUAACACAUUGUUAUGUGAAAAAAUGUUACUGGGGAAUAGAUCAGCCACUUUAAGGUGCUGUUGUAUCUCUUGGAAUGAAUGAGUUGCAUCACUUUAACCAUUGGUAUUGGAAGUCACGAAGUUAAAUUGAAGGUUUGUUCAUUUCUCAAAAUGUUUUCCUUUCCUAAGAGCUCUUCUAUUUAUACAUGCCUAAAUCUCUAAUGUUAGAGGGAUACCUGUCUGCAUAAUAAAGCUGAUCAUGUUUUGCUACAGUUUGCAGGUGAAAAAAUAAAUAUUAGAAAAAAAACU